UGGUUAUUUCUUACAUAAAAAUCCAUUCUAUCUGCAAUGUGUCUAUUGCAAAUAUAUUAUCGAAAAUCCAUUUGAAAAAGUAAUACAUUUACUGUUUUGUUUAUAUGAAGAGUGUGAGAAAGAAGAGUGGGGGUUGGAUGUUCCAGAUAUAGCAUAUUGUAAAGAUGAGGUAAAAUCGUAUGCAUGCAGUAUAUUGUAGAAGGUUUUUUAUCCUCAGAGAACAAAAACUGUGCUCCAAGGACAAAAACUGUCCUCCGAGGACAAAAACUGUCCUCCGAGGACAAAAAAAUUGUCCUCGAAGGAUAAAAUUAAAGUAAAAAUGAACUUACAUGUGUUGAUUUGACGAAAUGACAGCUAUCUCCUCGGGUAUGCUUCUCUCAGCUCAGGUAGCUCCUCGACUGUGGUUGUCUCAGCUCAGGUAUCCUCUCACCUCAGGUAGCUCCUCGAAUGUGGUUGUCUCAGCUCAGGUAUCGUCUCAGCUUAGCUAGCUCCUCGGCUAUGCUUCUCUCUAUGCAGGUAUGUUUCCCUCACGAGAGCACAACUGCUUAUGAGACCGGAAACCGAGUUGUGAGGUGAGAAAAUGCUGUGAAAAACAAUGAAAUAUUUAAUAACUGCAACCAAAUAUUAGAAAUCAAUAAGUAAGUGUUAUUUCAGAAAUAUCAGAAUGUAACAGAUUAUACUUACUCACAAUCAAAUGUCUGCGUUGUGCUGCUGGUAAACCUCUGGGGAGUUGAGUACAGCACGCUCCAAUUGCACACGCCCCCUCGUAUGCUCUAUCUCACUCGUACAAGCCUGCAACAGACAGAGAAACGACUUGGUAUAAAAUCAGUUGCCUCAGAGGAAAAUCACCAUUUAUGUUAGAGAAGAGUUAAGUGAACUUAUAUACCCUACGUGAACUUCUCCCUAAUCAUCAUCAUCUACACAAUGGAUUCAUCAUCAUCUUCAAGCUACAUCAUACCAGACAGCCCACCAACAGAGCAGCAGCUCAACUACUGGCAGCAGCAGCAGCAGAAAGCUCGCAGCUUGGGUGCCACCUCUGCUGCCACGGCUGCCGCCUCCGCUGUCUCCGCCGGCUCCUCCUCCGCCUCACCCCUGAAGAGACAGGGAAUCUUCGUUCAACGAGAGAGGGGUGAGGAGGGCACCUGGGCACCGCGACGAGCGGUGCUGUCAACUCAACCCAGCAAGCAGCCGGUGAAGAGGAGGCUAGUUUUCGAGGACGAGGGCAUGCUCACUCAAUCAAAGAAACGUGCUGGAAUGGACAAGAACUCGUCCAUGCUCCCACUGAUGAAGGAGCUGCGAUGAAGGGAGGAGGAGGAGGAUGAGAUGGAGUUCGUAACAAUUGUAAAUGCACCAACGCCUAAACCAUGGAUCCCACUGAGGGAAUUGAAGGAGCGCACUCCCUACCCCAUAGUUGGCAUGAGGGAGCAAACGAACAUCCAUGGCCGUCGCAUAAUUUUAAAAAUCGUUAAUGCAGGAAGCGAAUGUGAGGUGUAUUUACCUCAAAGAUUCGCUUCCUGCAUUGACGCGGGAAAGAUUGAACAUUUUAAUAAAACUUGUAAAAAUUAUGUGUUGCUAGUAACACAUAAGUCGGCAAAUUGGUCGGAUAUAAAAAUUGUUAAGCAAUAACAAUUUUUAUAUCUGUAUACAAUUUGUCGACCUAUGUGUUACGAAUUGUAUAGAUGAAUGUAUGAAUAAAUUGUAAUAUUGUUUCUA